AUGUCGCGUGUUUACAAUCCAUCCGACUAUGUCGUCGAAAAAUCUCGCAUAAAAUCAUUUAAUAAAUACAAAGAGAUGCACGCAAAAUCCUUAGAGGAUCCGGAGGCGUUUUGGUCGGAAAUAGCAAGCGAAUUCUAUUGGCAAACUCCUCAUCAGCCAGGAAAAUUUGUAUCUUACAAUUUUGAUAUAAAUAAGGGAAAUAUCUUCAUAAAAUGGAUGGAGGGCGCAGUCACCAACGUGUGCUUUAAUCUCCUAGAUCGCAAUGUGCGAAACGGCCACGGGGAUAAAAUCGCCUAUUACUGGGAGGGAAACUGCCCGGAGGACUACAGUCGUGUCACAUACAAGAAACUUAUGGACCUAGUUUGUCAGUUCGCAAAUGCAUUGCGAGACAGCGGCGUGGGUAAGGGCGAUAGAGUCUCUAUCUACAUGCCUAUGAUCUUGGAAACCAUAGUUUGUAUGCUGGCGUGUGCGAGGAUCGGAGCCGUGCACUCAGUUGUGUUUGCAGGAUUUUCUUCGGAUUCUUUGGCGGAGCGCAUGUCUGACUGCAAAGCCAAAGUUUUGGUAACGUCAGACGGCGCAUGGCGCGGUAAUAAACUUCUGGAACUAAAAAAGAUCUGCGACGAAGCUUUAGACAAGGCCAAACAAAAGUACAACCAUACAGUGGACAUGUGCAUUGUUGUUUCACAUCUUGCGAGGGUGACGCCUUGCGGCAAACUGCCUGAUGAUAUUAAAUCUUUGUACAAAUGGAACGAAGAUAGAGACAUGUGGUGGCAUGAGAUGAUUGAUGGACAAUCUACAAUUUGUCCCCCGGAAUGGAUGGACGCCGAAGAUCCCCUCUUUAUGCUUUAUACAAGCGGUUCCACCGGGAAGCCUAAGGGAGUGCUGCAUACAACCGCCGGCUUCCUUCUCUACGCGACCGCGACUUUCCGCUACGUGUUCGACUACCGGGAUAAAGACAUCUUUUGGUGCACUGCCGACGUGGGCUGGAUCACUGGCCACACUUAUGUUGUGUACGCACCAUUAGCGAACGCCGCCACUUCUGUAGUGUUUGAAGGCACCCCGUUCUAUCCGGACAACGACCGCUACUGGUCACUGGUGGAAAAGUACCGAGUGACGCAGUUCUACACAGCGCCCACCGCCAUCAGGGCACUCACCAAAUUCGGCGACGACCACGUGAAGAAACAUAACCUGAAAACACUCCGCGUGUUGGGCAGCGUGGGUGAGCCUAUCAACCCUGAGGCAUGGCUGUGGUACUAUUCGUUGAUCGGCAACAACCGUUGCUCCAUAGUGGACACCUUUUGGCAGACUGAGACUGGAGGUCAUGUGCUCACCAGCUUACCAGGUGCUACACCUAUGAAGCCAGGAGCCGCUGGAUACCCAUUCUUCGGAGUGCAACCAACCCUCCUUGAUGACAACGGUAAAGAAAUUGAGGGGCCUGGUGAAGGUUACCUCGUGUUCCCGCGACCGUGGCCCGGUAUCAUGAGGACGCUCUUCGGUGACCACGACCGUUACGAAAAGGUGUACUUCUCUAAAUUCCCCGGAUAUUAUUGCACUGGAGACGGUGCAAAACGUGACGAGGACGGCUUCCUGUGGGUAACAGGUCGUAUAGACGACAUGCUCAAUGUAUCCGGUCACCUCAUGUCGACAGCCGAGGUUGAAGGCGUCCUCACCGAAGAGCCCAGGGUCUCCGAAGCCGCAGUCGUAUCUAAACCCCACCCAGUCAAAGGAGAAUCCCUUUACUGCUUUGUCAUUCUUAACGAUGGCGUCAAAUUCGACUCAGACUUGGUCGACUGCCUGAAAAAACGCGUCAGGCAGCGUAUUGGGGCGUUCGCCGCACCGGAUGUGAUCCACUAUGCCCCUGGUCUACCUAAGACUAGAUCCGGGAAGAUUAUGCGGAGGAUACUGAGGAAAAUAGCCCUAGGAGACCACGACAUCGGAGACACUACAACACUUGCUGACCCUUCCGUUGUUGACGAACUCUUCAAGACCAGACCUUAA